UAGGAUUUUUCUCCUCUUUCUCUUCCUUUUCAUCAUUUUACAUCACCUCUAGAAAUGAAAGUGGCUACUCCCUUACCGAAUUCUGAACAUCAUUUAUCCACUAUGGCUUCGACAUAUCAACAACAAAAAGACUGGGAGCUGGAAAAAUCAUCACUGUUACGCCAGACACAAGAGUAUAGAAAAUUUAUUGAUGAUAUAAAAAUAAGGCAUGACCAGGAUAAAACAAAAUACGAAAAGGACAAGCAAAGUUUAUUACGUAAAUUAAAUUUACAAGAAAAGCGGAUUGAAGAAUUGAAAAGAAACUACACCAAUCAAGUAAGUAGAAUUUUUAUAUAUCAUCAUCAUCAUCAUCAUCAUUUACUAAUAAAAUCUUCUCAGAUUCAGGAAUUCCAAAUAGAGAUUCAAAAUGCAGCAAAAGAUCACGAAAACAAGGAGAAAGAAUGGAAAAAACAAUAUGAAACUACUUUACAAACAGAACAUGAGAAAUACGACCGAAGAUUAUCGGGAUUUUAUGAACGCAUGCAGGCCAAAGAUGAAGAGUUUGCAAAGCUGGAAGAAUCCUUACGAGAGACAAAAAGUGCCCCCACUUCUCCUACCUCGUCUACAUUCAUGGUAAACCGCAGCAAUACCACCCGUCAUCGCUUCCGGAAUCAAUCGCCACCACCUGUCGUGUCUCAGGAGCAAUAUGAUCGGGAUGUCCGAGACCUGAAAAAAAAAUUAUCCGACCUGGUUUUAGAUCACCAAUCACACAUUGAGCAAUUACAGCACACCCAAAAACUGGAACUGGAACAACUCAAAGUCACUUUACAAGACGAACAUACAGCACAGUUAAAACAAGUAGCAGAUGCUUUACAAUCCGAGCAUAAGGGCAGAAACGAAGGCUUUUUAACAUUGAUUAACGCACUUGAAUCUGAAAAGAAAUCAUACGUAGAGAAAUUGGCACAUUUCGAUACUUUAAAAGAGCGAAUGGAUCUUGACAGGGUCCGAGAAUUUGAGUUGCAUCAGUCCGUCAUGAACGACUUGCGACAGGAAAUAGCAGAACUUAAAGAAAAACAUCGAAGCAAGAUACUACAAAUGAAUGAAAAGUUCAGCAGCAGCGAAUCCAGAUUAAAAUCCUUGUUUAUGAAUGAAAACCAACAAAUCACAAUGCGUUAUGAGGCAAGCGUUGAAAACCUCGUAGCAGAAAACAACAAUGCCAUGCAGGAAUUGAGGGACGCCAUGGAAAACGAAAAAGAGGUGAUCCAAAUCAAGUAUCAAACCGCCUCUGAAGAGAAUAACCGAUUAUUUUCUAUUGAAAGAGAUAGCUGGACUGAGCAAAAGGAAGCCUUGGCACGAGAAAACGGUUUAUUGACUCAGGCUGUGGAUCAAACAAAUGCCCAAAAAGAAAAGUUAUUUGCAGACUAUACUAAAUUUAAAAAGGAAAAUCUUUUCAAAAUCAGGGAACUGGCUAGUUUACAGCAUGAACACAAAGCUGCAAAACGGGUUGCAAUAGAUAUUCUGUCGGUAACUUCCUCUGAAAAUAUUGCACAGAAUGCUCCACUUGUGGAUAUUUUAAGAAGAACUCUCUCGAACGUUUCAAGCCUUAAAACACGUAGCAGUAUUAUGGAACAGUCUAUCGAGUCACCCUAUAUGAUAGGAAUGUCCUCCUAUGGAUAUUAAAUUUAUCCUGAAGUCCUCACCCGCAUCAAACAUGCAUGUAAUAUUUUUUAUCCCCCCCCCUCACCGCGCUAAUUGCCUUCUACAUAUAACCUUUGCUAUCUAUUGUAAUAAAAAUAUAAAUACAAAUCAUC